AAAAACACUUUACACGAAUUAAAAAAGGGGGGAUGGUAUCCUCAACGAGGCUCACCCAAAAAUAUUCUUCAUCAUGCUUUAUUUGUCCUUAAUUUUUUGAGCAUGGAUGCUCAGGGAAAAACCACUGCUGAUCGUCUCUGGCACUCUGAGACUAAGAACAGCCACGCCACAGUAAUGUGGAAAGAUCCCCUUACCUCUAAAUGGAAUGGACCAGACCCAGUCCUCAUAUGGGCAAGAGGAUCGGCCUGUAUUUAUAACACCAAAGAAGGAGCUGCUCGAUGGCUCCCCGAAAGACUAGUAAAACAGGUUAAUAAUGAUAGCUUAUCCAGGGAACCAUCCCUUCCCUGAGAAUACUUAUCUCUUCUCUUUCAAGAAAAUGAAAGGACCCUGCACAAUGCUGCUAUUCCUGUUAAUACUUUUCCCAGACCAAACCUCUUCAACCUCGAACGACAAGUCAGUUACCAAUCCAUUCACUUGGCGCUUCUUCUUUACAGAAAACUACAAAUCUGAGGAACCCAGGAAUACAGAGCAAGCUGGAUCUCAUCUAGAAUCUGCACACAUGACCUGGCCUCCACCUGGAAUUCAGAAGAUAAGGCCGGACUUUGAGACAAUCUCACCUGAAAAGAAAUCGCAGACUAGGAAAAGGAGAAGACACGGCUGGUUCUCAGAUACAUAUAUCAAAGGACUUCCUGCCUCUAAGCCAGACCUGAUCACAUGUCUGGAACAAAAUAAAGAGCCCUGGAAUGUGAAGAGAGAGGAGGCAACGGCUAUAUAUACCCAGUUGUAUGAUGAUGAUUGA